GUAUUGUAGCUUUAUGUUGCAAACGUAUUAUUUUUAAGAAUAUAGAUUUUUACUAACUACGCUGGACGCUGGACAAGUACUCUGUAGCGCAGUUCACCAUAAACACUGUAUAGUGGGUACACCGCGUUACCACUCUACGUAUACGAUGUUUUAAGAACAUUUUCCAAAUUUAGCCUGCACUCAUCUUAUUUUUAGUGUCAUUAUAUGCUACUGAUAGUUUAGUAUUGAUAUCCUCCCAUAUAAAGCUACACAUUUACAAAAAAAAUGGCAUAUGUCUUUAACAUGUUCAGAAACAAAGAGCGCAGCAGCCGGAAACCAGCACGACGUAAUGUUGUUCUGCUUCUUGGCGAAACCGGUUCGGGAAAGUCCACUUUGAUUAACUAUUUGACAAACUUCUUCCAUGGCGGAACACUCUUAGAACCGCGAAUAGCUAUUCCAAAUGGCUAUUAUCACGCAACCGAAGGAGGGACUAACAGCGAAAACUCUAUCGAUGACCAGACUAAGAGCAAAACUUCGAAAUGCUCCACUUAUCACUUCGAUCUGGAAGGUCAGUCGUUCGACUUUAUUGAUUCGCCUGGUUUAAGCGACACGAAAGGAGUCAGCCAUGAUGACAAGAACAUAGAGUGCAUUUUAGAAUCGGCAGAAAAAAUUGGAACACUAUCGGCUGCUGUUAUAAUUAUUAACGGAACCGUAGUAAGGGCCACGCUAAACUUGCUUAAUACCUUAACAAGACUGCGCGGAAAUCUGCCUGACAUCCUGAUUGAUAACUUGAUUGUUGUGCUGACAAACUGUACCCAAACAUCAUACAAUUUCGAUAUCAAAACUCUGUAUCCUUGGAAAAUUAAACCGGAAAAUGUGUUUAUCAUGGAUAACUCAGCUCUCAGCCGGAAUCCGGCACAAUGGCGAGGUAACCGGCGCAUGGAAGAAGAAAUGCAGAAGGCUUGGAAAAUCUCCAUGGAAGAAAUCCAGAAGAUGGUCUAUCGUAUAACCGACUUAGACGAAAAAUCAACCGGUGUUUUUAAGGAACUCCGAAAGAACCGAGAGCAAAUUAAGCAGGAAAUGCACGAGAUUUUACUGGAAAUUAACAAGCUACAGCAAACUCAAGAUGAGUUGGAGAAUGCACAAAAACAACACCAGGCCGCCAUUCAUGAUACCGAGCGAUACAGCAAUUUUAAGCAAACACAGGAAGUGGAGUAUACUGAACUUGUGGAUGCCGAGUACUACAGCACAAUUUGUGUGGUUCAUAGUAAAGACCGCGUCUGCCAUGAUCACUGUAGUUUACCGGAAACAGAACAACCCGGAACGGGCGUCCACAUCAAUUGUUACUGCAUGGAUGGACCCCGGUGUCGGGUGUGUGAAUGCGGACACGAUCAGCAUUAUCAUGCCCGGAAAAAGUUGGGCAAGCGCAAAGAGACUGUGGAGAAAAUUCUCGACGAUGUCAAGCGAGAACACGACGACGCCACCGCCCGCGUCCACAACUCACACAAUCGAGUAACUAAGCUAGCCGAUGAUCUUCGGCUUCUGGAGAACACUUUGCACGAAAAGCAGGAGAUGAUUGAAAAGUGUUGUGUUGAACUACAGCGUAUCUGUAGCGCGUUUAACUUUGCGGAUGAGAUGCACGGAGUGGUGGAGGCUUUAAAGACGAAUGCUCGGACACUGACAUCUCUCAAGGCACGGCAGGAAGCUGAUAACAUGAUCCGGACAGUUGAUGAACUCGUCAAAAGGCUGCAGUCGAUGAGGACCGAUAACAGCCGGCAUGAAUCAGCUAACGAUUAUUAUCGAGAUUUCGAUGCAGGAUUAGCAAAAUCACGCCAUGGUGCGCAUGGAAACUAUCCAGAACGUUUGGAAAGGUCGGUGGAUGAAUAUAGCACGCGAAACCGGGCUGGGACAACAUUCGACGACCCAGAUUUCGAUUCGGGAUUUCCGCGGUCACGAACGAGUGAUGCCUUGCGACCGCGAAGUCUAAACCGUUCUGAACGACAUAACGACGACGAGGACAUCAACGUGCGGAGCGCUAGUGCAGCACGAAGAGUACAAAUGAAUUUGUCGCCUCAACACGUAGAAUCCACAAGUGGUACCGAUACGCGUCAGUCUCUUCGAAUUCCUAAUGCAUGUCGGCAUUAUAAUCGAGCCACGGGAUGUCAGAUGCAGGACUGCAAGUUUCCACACGUCUGCGGCAACUGUGGGAAUCGUGAUCACACUGCACUGCAGUGCAGUCCAGUGCCAUCAAGAGCUGCAGUUACUAAAACUCCAGCGCAGACGAGUACUGCCCUAAUUCGCAACGCAUGCCGGCAUUUCAACAGUCGUAAUGGAUGCAACCGGAAGGAAUGUGGUUUCUCACAUAUCUGCGGCUAUUGUGGAGGAAAAAGUCAUAUUGCCAUGGAUUGUCGGGAUCAGCCUUCACUGAAAACUCCUGACUUGGCGCAGCCGAAGCCAAUAAAAUCCGACACGGCUGAACGAAGGGCGAGUGAUGUGCCGUGUAAAUACUACAACCAGCAAGAUGGAUGCCGAUACAAAGUAUGCGCAUUUUCCCACAAGUGCAGCGAAUGUGGAAAGCUAAAUCAUGGAGCGGCAAGCUGCAACGAAAGAAAGCCCGGGUCUACAAAUGCCGACCCGAAAAAGUUGUUCAGUCCAUUCGUACAAGGUGUUUGCUUCGAGUACAACUACGGAAAGCCUUGCAAAACGAUUCCAUGUACAUAUAGGCAUUUAUGUGGCGUCUGCGGUCAUCUGCAUGCAGCCGUUCAGUGCCGCCAAAAUCUCAUCAAAUGAUGGCUAAAAUAAUUAUAUUCAUGAUGAACUCUGAAGGUCAUUCGCAUCAGAUUCAUUUUUAAAGGCAAUCGUGUUCAUAAUUGACUGAAAAUAUUGCUUUUUUAGGCACAGAUGCACCGUCGUUUAUUAAUGACAACUUUAUUCAGACUGCAUGGAUCCUGAUUACUAUAUAUACGGUUAGUUUUGCAUUCUCUUUAUCUUUAUAUGCAUUCUCUUUAUUCUUAAAAAUGAAAAGUAUCGUUAAACGGUUUCUUUGUCGGCCUGUUGUUGGCUUUUGGGAAAUAAUGAUUAAUUUUUCAUCCUGCAUCAGAGCUGGUGAUGAAGUAAAAAUAAAUUCGGUAAGGUCACGCGGUGAACUGCCAUGCUGCAUUAACAUGUGCUUGAUGGUGUGCUCACUGAGCUGCCAACAUAUUACCCGGUUCUAUUUGAGAAAAAAGCACCCAUGUAUUCUUCAUCCAGAAGAUGUCCUUUGGAUGGGUGUUUUUUGAGUUUCAAAAAGCCAUAAUAUAGUUCCGUAGA